UCAUGACCUCAAAAUGUACAGUUCAACCACCUUACGAAAAUCGUACCAUCGUAUUUUAGAUUUCGAAUAUAGGUCUAGAAUAAUAAGAAUAGAUCUAGAUUGGUAGUUUAUAGAAAUUACUUCUCCAGAUUCUAAACUAGAGAAAAUUAAUAAAUCUAGAGAGUCUAAUUCUAAGUCUACAUCAAGGAUCGCACAAGCCGCAAUCUAAGUUAAGUCAAAUUGUAAUCAUGACUGUUGUAUUGUCAUUGGUCCUGAUACAUUUGUGACAUGCCUAGAAGAGCUCCUAGUAGGGCUGGGGUAACUGGAGGAAGCAUCUAUUCUAUACUAUGGAUUCCAGUCAUCUUCUGUGCUGCAACAUUAACACUCUAUCUCUUGGCCAAAGGCAUUACAUAUGAAGAGGACGGAGAGAAGUUUGAGCUGAAAUUCCCCACCAGUGUUGAUGAUGUCUCCGAAAUGGGAACUUUUCUUAAGAAAAUGAAAAGUAAACAUUUGAAUUAUCUUCUCUUUGUCUACUGUUUCGGCUACAUCUACAAGCAGACUUUUGCUAUUCCUGGAUCAGUUUUUAUGAAUCUUUUGGCUGGAGUUUUGUUCGGCCCUUACCUUGGCUUCGUCCUGGCCUCAACCUUGACUGCUAUCGGAGCCACGUUCUGUUUCCUCUUGUCUGGGAACUUUGCCAAACCUUUUGUCAUGAGAUACUUCAGGGACAAAGUGCACAUGUUUCAACAGAAGGUCCAGAGAAACCGAGACAGUUUGUUUUUCUUCCUCCUGUUCAUCCGUCUGUUUCCCAUGAGUCCCAACUGGUUCAUCAACAUUAGCUCUCCCAUUGUCGGUAUUCCAAUACAUCUGUUUUUCACCUCUGUUUUUAUAGGUUUAAUGCCUUACAACUUUGUGUGUGUCCAGACUGGAAGCGUCCUGUCUGAGAUCCAUUCCAUGAAUGAAAUUUUUACUUUGUGGACCUUGUUUAAGAUGAUGGGAAUAGCCGUUAUAGCACUGCUUCCUGGACUGGCUAUCCGGUGGUUCAACAUCAAAAUUAAUUAGACUUGCUUACUACGUAUUAUAGAGGUUUUGGUAAGAAUAGUUAAUAUGACCAGCGUAUUUAAGCUUAAAACUGUCAGAUGGAAGUUGUCACAUAAAUCAUGUAUUUUUAUUUCACUUCUGACACCAAGUUAGUAACUGUUACACAUUGUAUAACCUUUUUGCUAUUAAUAUGGUAGGGAUCAGUUAAAAAUGAAAAGCAAACUUGGAUUGUCAACUCUAGACAACUAUGUUUCUCUAAAUUCUGUUAUUCAGUUCGUAUGAAACAUUAGGAAACUUUUUUUCUUUUAUUCAAAAUGUUGUCUUACACUGUGUAAUAUGUUAAAAAUAAGUUGCCGUGCUAGAACUUAUAUGGAGCCAUCAUCUCUUAGCUAGUUCUGACAAAGUCUGCAACAUCUGUGCUAAAAUGUGAGCUAGCCCUGAUUACUACAUUGGUAAUAUUGGUGCCAGCAUGCCAGCCCUGACAACUGUUCAGUAUCAGUAAAAGGAACUUUUUUUUUUUUUAUUUUGACUUGUAAAAACAUUUUUAUAAGAUUGAUAUUUUUUAAAUUAAAAAAUGCAGUAAUACAAACUGUAUAUCUAUUUUUAUAUUUGAGACAACAAUGACAUUUUAUUUUUAUUUAUUUAAAUUCUGGCAAGUCCCUUUUUUUUUCUCUUUUCUUUGUUGUUCUAAGCUCACCCCCCCCCCUUUUCCACACUACAUUUAUUUGACUAAUCAAUGUUGUUUUUUUUUAUUGUCAUAUUGUCUAAUAACUGUGAUAUACAUUUUGUAUAAUACAUUAAUUCCUGUUGUUAAUUCCUCAAGUGAUUCCUGACGGGUGAAAUGUUAUCAGAAUGUUGAUGGUAUUUUUUGAUUACCGGUACAUCACGUUUGUGAAUGAUAUUCCGUCAAAGUCCGGAGAUGAAACAUAUCGAAGCAUGAUACACUGAAGAGCUGUAUGAAAUCAGCUAUUUGACUUCAUGUCAACUCCAAAAUGUUGUAUUAUUGACUUGCAUGCAAAUGUUGUUGUUUUUAAAUAACUAGACUCUAAUGUGGACAGAGAAAUACACAUUUUUUAAAAACUUCUUUGUGUAAAUAAUUGUUCAUCUUCAUAUGGAUGACUACUUGGUAAUGUGGUAUGUGCCCUGAAUUAUUGUCUAAUGUCCCGAGUUCAAACCCUGCUUGCAUUCCAUCCCCCGUCAUCCUGCCGAAGGUCUGAGCUAGAAUGUAAUGGUUUUUUUUUUUACUUCUGAAGGAAUUUUUUUUUGCUGCUGCCCAAGCCUUUGCCUAACCAACAAAACUUGAAUGUGACUACAGGAAACAAGCAAUAGCCUGUCUGUAGAAUAGGAAACAAGCAAUAGCCUGUCUGUAGAAUAGGAAACAAGCAAUAGCCUGUCUGUAGACUAGGAAACAAAUGUGACUACAGGAAACAAGCAAUAGCCUGUCUGUAGAAUAGGAAACAAGCAAUAGCCUGUCUGUAGAAUAGGAAACAAGCAAUAGCCUGUCUGUAGAAUAGGAAACAAGCAAUAGCCUGUCUCUAGACUAGGAAACAAACCUUGAAUGUGACUACAGGAAACAAGCAAGAGUCUGUCUGUAGACUAGGAAACCUUUAAACAGAAGGAGGCUCUAAACAAUAGUCUGUUUGUAGACUAGGAAACAAAUAUGACUACAGGAAACAAGCAAUAGCCUGUCUGUAGAAUAGGAAACAAGCAAUAGCCUGUCUGUGGACUAGGAAACAAACCUUGAAAUAGAAGGGGGGGGGGCCCUAAACAAAGGAAUAGCACAAUAACAGGUUGUGGAGUUCAAAAUAAAAUUUCUUUUAAUCCUGUAGUUGUGUGUGUGUUAAAAUGUUCAAGCAAUGGUUCCUGUCAAAGACCUCGACAAGCACAUCCAUUUUCUCAUUCAUUUCCUGGUCAUGAUGGAAAACUCUAAAAAACUAAUGGCUAUGAAUGCUUAGACCUGUCUUAUGUUUAAGCAUUGACUUUUUAUAAAGAACACUUAUAGGACUAGUAUAUAUAUUCUUAGUGUUGUUAUUAAUUCAUACAAACCAUAGUAUAGUUGUAGGUUCCAUAGUUUUUUAAGCAUUGACUUUUUUUUAUAAAGAACACCUAUAGAACUAAAUGUAUAUAUUUUUUGUGUUAUUAAUUCAUAAAAACUAUAGUAUAGAUUGAUUAAGCUCCAUAGUUUUGUCUUGUCUUAUGUCUAAUAUAGUCCCAAUACAUUUUGUAUCAAAAUGUAGUUUUAUUGUUAUCAACACUGAUUUGACUGUCAUGAUAUUGUUGAUUGGAUUAAUAAAGAGAAAUGAUGGACACA